ACGGGGAAACAGUUUUCACGAGACUCGCGAUCCAGACGCACACGCAGCGCACAUCAAACGGUUUAAAUUUAUGGAUGUAAAUGGAUAAGAUCCUCGUUUGGACCAGAACUAGAUCGGAAUAGUAAAAAGUUCAAGGUCCUACAAUUAGUGAACAGAGUAGGGCAAAAGUGAUUAAGGUUUUUGGAGUAUUACAAGAAUUAGAGAUCAGUAAUCAUUGAUGGAUAUGGUAAUCGCGGAAUAAAGUGAAAGUAAAUGCAUUUCAGCUGUGAAAAGAAGUGAAAAAUAAAACAACAAAUAUGAUAAGAGAAAAGUUAUUCGUAAAGCUUUUCCUCCUGCUUGCAAUUGUUUUACCUUUGGGAUCAGGACAAAACAGCACCCUGAAGAUCAAUACAAACGUGAAAGACAUCGAAGCUGGGGCCGUGGCCUUGCCCUCCAUCCAGGGACCCGGGAACAUCUGCAUCCGCGAGGAGCCAUAUGUGGAGCAUGUUCAGGUGCCGGAGAUGCAGCCGGUGCGUGUGCGGACCUCCAGUUGGUGCAUGGAGAUCCCGCCGCGGUGCGCCACCUUCAAGACGGAAAUGCGCGAGGUGAUGAGGGUCCAGAAAUUGAACAAAACGCGAACAGUUCGCUUCUGCUGCCAAGGAUACGAGGGAAAUCUGUCGGAUAGUCAAGCCACAUGCAAGCCCAUUUGCAGGGGCGGUUGUGGGCGUGGCAGUUGCGUAAUGCCUGAUAUUUGCAGCUGCGAGGAGGGCUAUAUUGGCAAGCAUUGCACACAGCGAUGUGAUCACGAUCGCUGGGGACUGGACUGCAAGAAUCCAUGCCAAUGUCAAAAUGGAGCAGCCUGCGACAAUAAAUCGGGACUUUGUCACUGCCUUGCCGGUUGGACGGGACAAUUUUGCGAGCUGCCCUGUCCUCAGGGAACAUACGGCAUCAUGUGCCGCAAGGCCUGCGACUGCGAUGAGAAGCCUUGCAAUCCACAAACGGGUGCGUGCAUCCAGCAGGAUCAACCUCUACAACUUAAUGUGAGCCACGUCAUCGUGGAGACUGUGAACUCCACGCUGGAGAAGAUGGGCAUUAUACCGCGUCCCACCACGCCCGUUCCCCUGCCGGAGGUCAUUGUAAUUAAGCAACCGGCCAGCAAUGAAAAUGCCCAACACUCGCCGAAGAUCAUAGUCCACCAAUCGAGCAGUGACCUGCUAGAGAAUCUCCAUACGGCUGCAGCCGCCGGUGUUCCCACUCCGGAGGUAAUCCACGUCAUCACCAAUGGCAUCACCUCGCCACAGGAGCAUCUGGCCGGAUUCGUUGGAGGUGAGGCCAACACGGGGACAGCUGAUCAUCAGUCCGGCUUGGUGAUCACACUGGUCAGCAUAAUGCUCCUCCUGCUGGUCGCCAUUGCGGUGGGUUCACUGUACGUGUACCGGAGGUAUCACCACAAAAACUCCGCCGUAUACAAUGCCAACGGAACGGUGACCACGCUGCCAGCAAAUCCGGAGGUGGUUCUUACCGAAGCCGCGGCCCUGGGAAAAAACUUCCACGAACCACUGCCUGAACCGCCCGUGGUCUUUGCUCUCACGCCCCAAUCAAACGAGGCACAACCAGAGGUAUAUGACAGUCCCAGCAACAACUCCUCAAUUAAAACCCCACCCUACGCCUAUGCCAGGAAGGAGUCACUCUACUCGGUGGUUUCGCCCAAGUCUCGAAAGGGAAGCCUGGACUCGCACCUGUACGACGAGAUCCGCUACCACCAACAGCACCACCAUCAGCAGCACCACCCACGGAGCCAUCAGCAUGUUCAGCACUCAACCACCGCCUCCCAGUUUUUGCCGGCACGACCACAGAUCAUGCCCGUCAACGACCAGUUCUCCAAUGGAAGUGUUCAUCCACAUCAGCGGUCGCAUCAUGUCACCCACUUGAUAAUUCCGCCACAGAACUCCAACUUCUUGCAGGUUCCUGCCCAAAUCACAGCCAAAAGAGUUGCCCACCUGUAAAUUGUAUUGCUCACACAAAGGAUUUUUCGCAGCAUAUGAAAAUGUGUCAGGCCUUUGGUAACUUUUGAAUAUUGUACAAAUCUGUUUUAAUUUUAACUUGAAAUGUGCCCUUCCAACAUACACCAGGUAAUCUUUAACCAUAUUCAUCCAAUAAUAUGUACCAAAAGUCACAUUUAAAGUCUGCGAGUUUUCACAACUAUACUUAUUUUUAUAACAUAUUUAGAUUAAUAAUAAAUGAAUGUACCAAAUGUUAAGUGAGCUUACUUUUAUGAUUACAUAAUUAUUUUAAGCUGCCCGCGAAAUAUUAUAACAAAUUGUCAUUACUUUAUUUAUGGAAUUAAAUAUUUUUAAAAAAUUAAUUCAUAUAUCAUAUAAGAAUAUUAUAAUUGGAGUGGCGAUUGCAUUAGUGGGGUUUGUGAUUACUAAGGUGGUAAAACUCACUUUUCCGAGGUGAUUUGCAUGGUUAAAGGUUUCUGCAUUAUUUAGGGGUAAGAUAUAACACUUUUAUAUCCAUAAAUCCUAUUUUGUAGACGUUAAGGUCUACAUUUGUGGCAUGGGCAUUUUUCCGCAUAGUUGUAACAUUUAAAAUUUUUAAAAGUAUGUACCAAUAGUUUUAAAAAUAAAAUGUUCUGACUCCAAAAGUUGCAAAACUUAUUAUAUUUAUAGUUAAAUAGACCACAUUAAUUAAUAUGAGUUCAUGAAAAAAUAAAUAAAGAGCUAUCAUAACAAUAUUGUAUUAUAAAACAUAUUAUAUUUAUCCAAAAGCUGAUUCAUAAAAUAAUUAUUAGAAUAAAACCAUGU